UUAAUGUUUACUCGCUUUACCCAGCUGAUUGGAGAGAGCAUUCUAUAAAUUGUCUCACCACUGUGACAGUAGUCGCUUACACAGGGAAAACACAGUGGUAGGACACAAGAUGUGGGGCGCUAUCCGUUUCUGUGUGGCCAUUGGCCUGCUCCUUGCCAUGGUCUGUGCCGACCACCACCACCACCAUCUCCACCAUGGCAAGGACCAGGCGCAUCCCCAGCAUGACGGUGAGGAGCCCAAGUGCCACAAGCUGAUGGCUCCCAACGCAGACUUUGCCUUCGCCCUCUACAAGAAGCUGAGUGCCAUGCCCGACGCUCAGGGCAAGAACGUCUUCUUCUCUCCUGUCGGCAUAUCCAUGGCCCUGUCCAUGCUGGCCCUGGGAGCCAAGGAUGAGACCAUGUCGCAGGUCUACUCCACACUGGGCUACACCAGCCUGACGCCAGCGGAGAUCAACGAGGGCUACGAGCACAUGCUUCACAUGCUGGGCCACGGCAAAGGAGAGCUGCAGAUGGACCUUGGGGGAGCUGUGGCCAUCCGCGAGGGAUUCCAGAUCCUAGACAAGUUCCUGGAGGACGCCAAGCACUACUUUGAGAGCGAGGCCUUCACCGUGGACUUCGCCAAGCCCGAGGUGGCCGUGCAGGAGAUCAACAAGUUCAUCGCCAAGAAGACCAACAAUAAGAUCAUAGACAUGCUCUCCGGCCUGGACCCUGACACUCUCAUGAUGCUGGUCAGCUAUGUCCAUUUCAGAGGUAAAUGGGAGAAGCACUUUGACGCCAAGCUGACGCACAAGGCCGACUUCCAGGUGGACGAGAGCACCAAGGUGCCGGUGGACAUGAUGCAGAGGACGGGCCGCUACGACCUGUACGAGGACCCGGACAACUUCACCACCGUGCUCAUGCUGCCCUACCGGGGCAACGCCUCCAUGAUGAUCGUGCUGCCCGACGAGGGCAAGAUGAAGGAGGUGGAGGGCGCCAUCUGCAGGCACCACCUGCUACACUGGCACAACAGCCUCUUCAGAAGCUCUGUCGAUGUGUUCCUGCCAAAGUUCUCCAUCUCGGCCAACUAUCCACUCAAAGACGUCUUGACUGAGAUGGGAAUGACCAGAGCGUUCUCAGAUACUGCAGACUUUUCUGGCAUUUCAGAGAAGGCCAAGAUGAAAGUAUCAAAGGUGUCUCACAAGGCAGUGUUGAGUGUUGACGAGAAAGGCACUGAGGCGGCUGCAGCCACCACCAUUGAGCUGAUGCCCAUGUCUCUGCCGAGCAGCAUCAGGAUGGACCGCCCCUUCCUGCUCUUCAUCGUGGAGGACAGCACAAAGAGCAUCCUCUUCAUGGGCAAAAUUACCAACCCAACCGCCUAGACUGACAACCAGGGCUGGACUGACCAUCUGGCUUAGCGGGCAUUUCCCGGUGGGCCCCGCGCCCUCAUUGGCCCCUAUUUUCAGAAGUGCCCCGGACCCUAUUUCUCCCCCUGUCCAACUCUGCUGACAACUAGCCGUGUCGUGCAGAAGUCACAAAAAGUGUCAAACGAGUGGAUGUGUGUCCGUGUGUGUAUGUCUGUGUGUGUGUGUGUGUUGUGAGUGUAUAUUUGUUUUGUGUAUGUGUUUGUGUGUGAGAGAGUAGGUCUGUGUGUAUAUAGAUCUACUUCUGUGGUUUCCUUCAGUUUUCAUGUUCUUGUUCAUAAGCUACUGAUGCAGUGUUUCUCCCUCUUGGUUGAUGUAAUCUUUCUUGACCAGUGUUUUUGCGAAUAAAAUAAAGAAUGCCAAGAUGUUUACAAUA